AUGCUUUUCAAGCAGCUUGCCCUGGCGGCGGCGGCCACGGCCUUUGCGAUCGUUCCCGAGAUAUCCGAACCGGACGAGAACAUCUUCAAGGCGCUCCCCGUCGAGCCCGAGACCUUCCAACUGCCCGCCGAAGCAUUCGGACAGAGCCUCGACGUUCCCUGUAGACAGUGCCGUGGCAGGGACACCCACCUAAAACUGGAUUUUGUCGUCGAGGAUGGCUCGAGAUUGAUGGUAAAUGGCUUUGAGCUGUAUCCCCAUGCCGACCCGUGGCGUGGUGAUCUGACUGCCGAUGUCGUGCGAGCAAGCGGAAGCGCCACGGAGCGCACUCUGGGAUACAGCUUGUCGGUUCUGCCCAGGGCCAAGGACGAGGAGCAGCAGCUGGAGCUGGUGGACGUCAAGCUGAGGGUCAUCGAGGUCGGCCACCGAUUUGUCGACGACAUUCCCGUGGUCAAGGUUGGCCUGAUCAAGGCCGUCACCGGUGACAUUGUCAUUUCUGAUAUGCAGCUCAUGGCCGCACCUGAGAUGCCCUGCACCACCAUGUGGUGCCGUGCCAAGCAAGCUCUCAAGGGCUUCAGUGGCUGCCACCGAAAGGGUCCUCAUGGCCCCGAGGAGGCCAACCAUCCUCCUCCCCCUCACCCUCACCAUGCUCCUCCUCCUCCUCCUCCUCCCCACCACAAGCCUCAUCAUCACGGCCGGCCUCACCACCACCACGAGCCUGAGGACUGGAACACCCAGCGCGACUGGCGCCGCCUUGUUAGGAACGUCGCUUCGCACAUUGUGCUGCCCGUCCUCAUGGGCAUUACUGCUGGUGUCGGUGUUGCAUUCCUUGCCAUGUUCUUGUGCAGCGUCGUCUACCGUAUCAGCAUGUUCGUCCGUGGUGGAUCUCAACGCCGCUCAUGGUGUCCUCACCACCGACGCAACUCUACCCAAUUCCCCUCCGCUGAGGAGGAGAAGAGAGGCUUGUUGGAGGCUGAGGAAGCUCAGGACUCUACCCCGGCUCCCGCUUACCAGGCAGAACUAGCCGACAAAUAA